AUGAAGAGUGCCUUCGCGAGCGCCUCUGCGAUCUCUGACCAGAGGCAAAAGAUCGAGCAGUACAAGCACAUUCUCUCCACCGUGAUUUCCUCAAGCGACGUCGUUCAGGCCAAGAAUUUCAUCGAUCACAUGUUGUCGGAGGAUGUUCCUUUGGUGGUUUCGCGGCAACUUUUGCAGAAUUUUGCUCAAGAGUUAGGGCGGUGGGAGCCGGAGACCCAGAAGGAGAUUGCCCAUUAUGCCCUUUCUCAGAUUCGAGCCGUUUCAUUUGAAGAGCAGGUGCUAAUCAUAAGAGAGAAACUCGCGGAAUUGUACGAGUCUGAGCAACAAUGGUCAAAAGCAGCUCAGAUGCUCAGUGGCAUUAAUCUAGACUCUGGAAUGAGAGUGGUUGAUGAUACAUUCAAGUUAUCAAAGUGUGUCCAAAUUGCUCGCCUAUAUCUUGAGGAUGAUGAUGCCGUCAAUGCAGAAGCUUUUAUUCAUAAAGCUUCAUUCUUGAUUACCACUAUUCAGCAUGAAGUUUUGAAUUUACAGUAUAAGGUUUGUUAUGCGAGGAUUUUAGAUUUAAAGAGGAGGUUCUUGGAGGCAGCAUUACGUUAUUAUGAAUUUUCUCAGAUUGAAAAGAGGCAAAUAGGAGAUGAGGAGAUUGAUGAGGAAGCACUGGAGCAAGCUUUGUCUGCUGCAGUUACGUGUACAAUUUUGGCCGCAGCAGGACCCCAACGUUCUCGUGUUCUUGCCACUUUGUACAAAGAUGAGAGAUGCUCAAAAUUAAAAAUUUAUCCAAUACUACAAAAGGUGUAUUUGGAGAGAAUUUUGAGGAAACCAGAAAUUGAUGCAUUUUCUGAAGAGUUAAAGCCGCAUCAGAAAGCACUUCUGCCGGACAACUUUACGGUGUUAGAUCGUGCAAUGAUUGAACAUAAUCUUCUCAGUGCCAGCAAACUUUACACAAAUAUAAGUUUUGAUGAGUUGGGCACUUUGCUGGGAAUUGAACCUCAUAAGGCUGAGAAGAUUGCAUCAAAAAUGAUCUAUGAGGACAGAAUGAGGGGAUCUAUUGAUCAGGUGGAAGCUGUCAUACAUUUUGAGGACGACACUGAAGAGCUGCAACAAUGGGAUCAGCAGAUUGUUGGCCUGUGUCAAGCGCUUAAUGACGUCUUGGACAGCAUGGCAAAGAAGGGCUUGCCAAUUCCUGUCUGA